UAACUUCGUUAUGCAGUGAAACCAGUCUCGGUUGAGAUCAAGGGACCCCGUGGACCACUGUCGGCAGAGCUGCCGGCGCAGGUGAUUUGCCAGGUGAACGGCUCCCGACCAGAGGCACUUGUUCGCUGGUUUCUGGGGCCGUAUGAGUUGAACGACACUGAGACGCACGUCAUCUCGCCCAAUACCACACUGGGCGUGCUAAACUUCAUGCCGGGAGAUCGAGACCACGGCGCACGGCUCCGUUGCCUCGCUUCCAACUCGGCGAUUGCUGGAGCGCAAGGCAGCACAUCGGCACCGCUAGAGGACUCCUGGACACUCGACGUCCACUACAAACCGGUGGUGCAGCUACGGCUAGGCAGCGGCCUUAGACCGUCCAACAUCCACGAGGGCAUCGACAUCUACUUCGAGUGCAGCGUUCGCUCAAACCCACCGGUGAGCGAGGUGUCGUGGACCUUCGAUGGUCGCGACCUCCACACCGACGGUUCCCGUGGCAUCAUCGUCAGCAACCAGUCGCUGGCGCUUCGCUCUGUCAACCGUACCAACAGUGGCUUCUACGCCUGCCACGCUGCCAACUCGGAAGGUGAAGCCGAAAGCAACCGUCUCCGGCUCAGGGUUCUUCAUUCGCCGGUGUGCCACUCGGGCCAUCUAGAGCACUCGCACUCGGUGGCGAAGCACGAGACAGUGGAGGUGGAAUGCGACGUGGAGGCUGAUCCGAGCAACGUCACCUUCUCCUGGUCAUUCCACCAGGCGCACCGCGCCGCUCCGCUGUCUCCGAAUUCCAGCUUCUCGACGCCACCGGGGGCCCCGCUGCGCUCGGUGCUGCGCUACACACCGCGCUCGGACGCCGACUACGGCACGCUCUACUGUCGCGCUCGCAACGCCGUCGGCGACAGCCUCGAGCCUUGCAUCUUUCAGAUACAUCCUGUCGGCCCUCCAGUGACACCAUAUAACUGCAGCGUCGAGGAAGUGACGUCAGAAGGCGUGCACGUCGUGUGCCAGCGCAGCGGUGCGGGCCAACAGCAGACUUUUCUGUUAGAGCUGCAGGAUGGUCAGAGCGCGCCCAUCGUGACAAACUUCACGUCCGGCCAGCCGAGUUUCAGAGUUCACUCGCUGAGGCCAGCCACGCGCUACCAGAUGGCGCUGUACGGCAUCAACGCCAAUGGCCGCAGCGAGCCCGUCCAUUUGACCGUGUUCACGCUGCCGGUGGGCAGGGGACUGGUCAGCAAAGCAGACGCAGAGUGGUCCCUAGGAUCUACAACGCUUUGGGCAGCUGCACUGAGCGCCGUGGCCGCAUUCCUUAUCGUAUUCAUCGCACUUACGCUGGGCAAGUUCAGGCGGAAGAUCCUCUUCAACAGGGGUCAAAACGUUUGGAAUAGGAAUGAAAGUGCUGCUGAUUCCUGCGAGAACGAAGAGAAACAGAGGAACUCUUUCGACAGGGAUGUCAACGCAGGUCACCUGCCAAGUGAAAAGAUCUUGACCCCCGGCCUCGGUGCGUUGGCUGCUGGUAUACAGGGAACUGACCGACUGCGCCACGCGGGCGAUCUCGAGUGAGCACACACUCAGCACACUCGGCCUGGCACCACAGCUAGCGUCUCCGGCGCCCGGCGCCCAACACACUUUGCUCAAGGCAGCCGGAGGCGCCAGUGGAGGACUCCUGGACACUGGACAUACACUCGACAAGUACGCCGGACAUCAUCACUGUGAAGGAAGUUGUGUUUAAAGCUGGCCCUGGCGACAAGUCGAUGAUGUGCCGGACCAAACUACGUGCUUCUUCACCAUCCUAAACUGGGCCGUCCCCUUUGUCGUGUGAAGAGACUUCUCGGGUCUCAGCGAACUUGCCGGUUGCAGUUGUUCGAGGCCCGCCUUCAUCAGUCGUCGACAAAUGCUCAACCCCGCGUCGUGCCUUAGCUCUCUCAUUCGCGCCGGCCAUGUUGAAGACCCCAUUCGGCGGCAGACACUCGUCCUGGUGGCGCCUCUCUCGGUGGUGUAAAUAAAAUGUACCCGUUACAAGAGCAAGGAUUGCUCCUCAUAUCAUGCACGAGAGCAUUUGCCCCCUUCUCCCGCUUCCUCUCCACACGUGGAAUGUGAACAAGUGAUGGACGACGAACAACAGCGACAAACAGGGAGCAGUGAUGUCCUACUCUACUGUAUUUUAUCGCCUACUACCCGCACCACUCAUCCCGGGCUACGCUUGCCUAGUAUUAGCACAACAGGGUGUAAACGUUGGCUAAUGUAGGCCAACGUAGGCUGUUCACUGCUAAGCAACAUUUGUUUGCAGACAAUCUCUUUCCAGUGACACGCGACGGAAAAAAAACAUCACUUGAUCAUGUACUGAAGUACUUUUUUUUUUCUCAUUUCAUCUUCCUGGUUGAAACUCCAGAACAAUUCGUAAAGUUCGAAGAAUAAAUAAACACGUUA